AUUUGCUUUUCUACUCUCCGACAAUUUUCCGAGUAAAAGCCGACUUUUGCGUGGCAUUCUGGGUACAGGAAAUAAAAAUGGCGGACAAAACAUCCGAGAUAGGGACAAAGCAAAAACUUCGCGUUUUAUCUUUAAAUUGUUGGGGAAUACCUUUUAUUUCAAAGCAAGUAAAAGAAAGAUUUGGACACAUUGCUAAGGAAUUAGCUUCUGGAAAGUAUGACAUUGUCUCACUACAAGAGGUGUGGAGUAAGGCAGAUUAUGAUGUCCUUCGCAGCAAUGUCUCCAAGGCACUACCACACUCAAUGUACUUUUACAGUGGAGUUAUUGGGAGCGGGGUGUGCGUAUUUUCUCGCUACCCUAUCAUCGAGUCCUUCACCUAUCGAUAUACUCUGAAUGGCUACAUGUACAAGAUAGCGCAUGGUGAUUGGUUUGGUGGAAAGUCAUCAGGCUACUGUGUUAUCGACCACCCUUUACAGCCUAUACAUUUCUUCACAACCCAUUUACAUGCAGAAUAUAACCGCAAGAAUGACGAAUACCUCGCUCACAGAGUUACCCAAGCUUAUCAACUCGCCCAGUUCAUAGAACACGCCACACAACCAUCAGACUGUGUCAUUGUAUGUGGUGACAUGAACUCUGAGCCAACCGACAUGUGUUACCGCAUCCUCUGUUAUCUACCUGGGCUUACGGACACUUGGUUGGAACAGAACAAAGAGAGUUACCAUGGCAACACAUGUGAUGUCAGUCAUAACUCGUACACAGGCUUUACUCUGCCACAGGAACUGAGAAAGGGGACCGCAGAUGGAAAGAGAAUAGACUAUGUGUUCUAUAGAGCUGACAGGAGUGUGAUGGAGCUGUUGGAUUGCUGUGUUACAAUGGGCAAAAUCCCAGGAGAAGAUUUUUCCUACUCAGACCAUGAAGGUGUUUUAGCGACAUUCUCAAUAAAGACAAGUGUUGUUAAAUCAAGUGAAAAAGCAUGCAAGACUGGCAACGACAAAGUCAUAGAAACCCUCAGUGAAAUCUCCUCUCUAAUGAACAGCAAGCUGGAUUCCCCACCAUACCACCAUCGCUCCUCUGCACUCAUCGCCCUGCUCUUAAUGUUUAUCUUUCUGCCUGUGUUUCUUCCAGAAGGGACUUUCCUUUCCCUAAGUCUGCACACUUAUCUAGGGGUUGCCCUUUAUUUAGGCCGGGUCUUGUGUACUGUGCUGGUGACGGCCCUGGUGUUUUAUGUUGUUCUCAAUGAUAGGGACGAAUACCAUGCUUACAAAGAUGUGUAUGAGGCUGUUAAUCUUAGAUUAUUACAUAGCAAGACUCGUAAAAAUUCUUGAAUUAUUUAAACUAUCAUUUUUUAUCAGCAAACAUUGAAUAUAUCAAUCAGAUUUAAUCGUCAUCGUUAUUAAUGUUAUCGUUAUUAAUGAACCUUCUAUUUUAUUUUAUAUUGGAUGAAAAAUCAGCAAUGAAAGAAAUUAUUGAAUUGUGUAUUUUACUAAAUUUUACAUUAAAUUACAUGCAAUUAUAUCCAUGAAGUUUCAAUUACUGUAGUAAUAAAAAAAUAUUUUGCUGUA